AAUAAUAAAUGGAAAGUACAGCUCAGAUGGAUACGGAAAGAACCUCCAAGAUUGUCAGACUAGAGAAGUCUAUCCUGGCCAUGAAUAAGAAGCAAGAUUAUGAAAGAUGCUUCGAUGUUCAUGCUAAUAUUCCUGCACAACAAAUGGAUGCUAAGCCAUUGGGUCCAAACAACCAAAAUGGGAUAAGAGGUGGUGAAUUGUGGUUGAGUUUUCGUGAUAGUAUGAAUGUGAAAUUUUCACGAAAACUAAAAUUUUGAGCAUUAUUAGAUACAGAAACACUCAGAUUAUAUAGCAUCCAUAUAAAGAAUAAGACAGUUUUAGGAUUUUGAGCUUUCUCAUUUCCAGAUCAAGUUGAAGAACUUUAUAUAUCUCCCUCAUUUAAAACAAAGCCGGAUGAUCGCACUUACUUUAACCUUUUAAUUAGAAAUAGUUUUAAAGUAACGUGAAGAGUCUCUCUUAACGAAUUAAAAUUAAACCUGUAUCAACUGAAGCGAUUGAUGGCAGCUUACAGACAUGUAAAGAUACUAGGAUUUUAUUCUUGCAGGUUGUCAAUUCCUCAUGUUCCAGAUUUAUCAAAAGCAUUAACAAAUUGCCAGAUCAAAACCCUGUCUUUAGCAAGAUCCAUAUUUGUUAAUAUAAAUGAUAGAGGAAGCAAUCUUAAUGGAUUUAAAAAUUUAUGACAAGGAUUGUCAAACUCAUCAGAUUUAAGAUCUAGCCUUUGGAUGGUUUCUAUUAAAGGAUGUCGCAUAAAGCUAAAGAACGCUAGAGAGAUUUUCGAAGAAACCCAACUUGGAGGAGUGAAGAUAUAUGAUGGACACGAAGACCAUGAUGAACCCGAAGACCAUGAUGAACCCGAAAACGAUGUUGAAUUUAUAAGACCAUGCCGAAUUAGGAGACUAUAAUGUAUUAUCUCUUGU